AAGAACGGAGUCCGGGCAGAAGCUAGCUGGCAGUGAGCUAGCAGAUCUGCCCACUUUGCUUAGAGAUGGCUUCUCUUUUGCAACCAGAUAAAGUUGUGUAUCUGGUUCGAGGAGAAAAAAAGAUCAGAGCUCCAUUGUCUCAGCUUUAUUUCUGUCGAUACUGUAGUGAGUUACGGUCUUUGGAAUGCGUGUCUCACGAGGUGGACUCUCAUUAUUGCCCAAGCUGCUUGGAGAACAUGCCUUCUGCGGAGGCAAAGCUCAAAAAGAACAGGUGUGCCAACUGUUUCGACUGCCCAUGUUGUAUGCACACUCUGUCCACUCGUGCCACCAACGUUCCAGCACCUCUGCCCGAUGAUCCAACUAAGACAGCCAUGAAGAAGGCUUACUAUCUGGCCUGUGGCUUCUGUCGUUGGACUUCCAGGGAUGUAGGAAUGGCUGAUAAAUCUGUCGCCAGUGGUGGAUGGCAAGAGCCAGAGAAUCCUCAUAUUCAACGGAUCAACAAGCUCAUUGAAUAUUACCAGCAGCUCGCCCACCGUGAGAAGCAGGAGAGAGACAGGAAGAAGCUGGCGAGGAGACGGCAGUGCAUGCCUCUGGCGUUCUCGCAACACACUAUUCAUGUGGUGGAGAAGUACGGCCUUGGAACCAGACUGCAGAGGCAGAGGCCCGGAGCUCCAUUAUCAACUCUGGCUGGUCUUUCCCUUAAAGAGGGUGAGGACCAAAAGGAAAUUACCAUCGAGCCUGCCCAGGCCCUCGAUGAGUUGGAGCCUUUGCCUGAAGACUGUUAUACCAGGCCCAUCAAUUUACCAGAGGUAACCACAUUGUGCCAGCGACUUCUGCAGCCUGACUUCCAGCCUGCAGGAGCUUCUCAGCUCCACCCCAGACACAAACAUCUCCUGAUGAAGCGCUCGCUGCGCUGUCGGAAAUGUGAGCACAACCUGAGCAAGCCAGAAUUCAACCCUACUUCAAUCAAGUUCAAAAUUCAGCUUGUGGCUGUGAGUUACAUCCCUGAAGUGAGAAUCAUGUCCAUUCCAAAUCUUCGCUACAUGAAGGAGAGCCAAGUGCUGCUGACCCUGACCAAUCCCGUGGAGAACAUUACCCAUGUCACACUAGCUGCCUGUGAGGACAAUGACCCGGAUGACAUAAACAGCACUGCUAAGGUCAUAGUACCCAGCAAAGAACUGAUCCUGGCAGGAAAAGAUGCUGCUGCUGAGUAUGACGAACUGGCAGAACCGCAGGAUUUCCAGGACGACCCAGAUGUCGUUGCCUUCAGGAAAUCGAACAAGAUUGGUUUUUUCAUCAAAGUGGUCCCUCAGAAAGAAGAGGAUGUGGAUGUUACCGUUUCCUUUAAGAUUCGUCAUGAUUUCCGUAACCUCGCUGCUCCCAUCAGGCCUAGUGAGGAAACGGCUGAAACGACUGCCGAGGCUGUUUGGCUCACGCACCAUGUAGAGCUGAAGCUGGGACCACUUGCUGCCUGAACAAUAAAACCAGUUUAGUCUUUAACAGUGCCAGUGGUUGGUUCCUUGAACUAACUUUAUACUGUUAAAAAUGAGUUCUGAUUCUGGUUUGUGAUGCAUAAGAACUAAUUUUACAUGUUGUACAGCUAAUUUUUUUUUUUUUUUUUUUUUGGUAAGUUCCCACGGGCAUCAUGGAUAUAUUGUGAAGCAGCGAGUGCAUGAAAACACCUUACGCUGACAACUUCUCAGAACUGUGCA